AUGUCCACCAUUCUCAUCACUGGUUCCUCUCGUGGCAUUGGAUUGGCGUUGGUCAAGACUCUCCUUCAAAAUAGUCCUUCCAAACGUAUCAUUGCUACAUGCCGGGAUCCGAAUAGUGCCAAAGAUCUCUCCCAAUUACAAUCACAAUAUUCCGAUCGUCUUUCCAUUGAACCUUUAAAUGUUUCCGAUGAGAAGGAUGUUCUUUCAUUGAUCGAUCGUUUGAAACAACAACACGCUGCAGUGAGUGUGUUGGUGAAUAAUGCAGGAAUUUAUUCAGCCAUGCAUAAAGAAACCUUGUUGAAUUCUACGAAAGAAUCCAUGUUGAAAGUGUAUGAAACCAAUGUCAUUGCACCCAUGUUGAUUAUUCAACACUUGUACAAUGCUAAAUUAUUUGAGAAGGGAGCAUUGGUUGUGAACAUUUCGAGUAUUAUGGGAUCGAUUGCUCCAACAUUUGAAAGAAGAGGAGUGUCUUAUUCGUGUUCAAAAGCUGCACUGAAUAUGUUGACCAAGAUGGUCAGUAUUGAAUUACCUGAUGUGCAUGCGAUUAGUAUUCAUCCAGGUUGGGUUCAAACAGAUAUGGGAGGAAAAGAUGCACCAGUGAAGGUGGAAGAUAGUGCUUCUGGAAUUGCCAAAAUUAUUACCAACUUUGAUGCCAAGACACAAAAUGGAUCAUUUGUGAGCUAUGAUGGCUCAGCCAUGCAGUGUUAUCGUAUUGUGUUAAGCUCACAUGGAGAUUAA